AUGGCAGAAGAGAACUACACCAAGUUCACCAUCCCCAUACAUCAAAUCUUAGCCCAAGUGAAGGACAAACUUUGGGGAAAAAGACCGCCACCCUUGACAGGAGAUCCAGAUAAGAGGGAUGCAAGAAAAUAUUGUGCCUUUCUUGGGAUGCACGGGCACAAUACGAAUAACUGCUUUGCUUGGAAAACGCACCUCGAAGAACUCAUUGGGGACCGCGAUACCGCCAAGGAGCCACCCCAGAAGGUCAUAAGGAUUAACACAAUCCUGGACGACUUCGAGGAGUUUGAGCUGACCAGCAAAGAAAAGAAGAGGAAGAUCAAACAAGCCACUGUGAUCUCCCACAACUCGACCAGCCUCCCACCAAAAGAAGAUGAUCCCGUGAUCGGCUUACAAAAGAAAGAUCUAAUCGACUUCGAUCUGCCACACAACGAUACUCUUAUCAUCAACAUUCAAAUCUCUCAGGCCAUGGUUGACCGAAUCCAUGCAGAUGAGGGCAACGCAUCCAAUAUCCUGCAACCGGCAGUCAUCCAACAGAUGGACUUGGAGACGAAGAUCAACAAAUCAGCCAAGUCGCUGACUGGCUUCAAUGGCGCGACUACGGUUAUUGUGGGGACGAUAGACCUCGAUGUCUACUCUCCACCAAUGAUCAGCUCACAAACCUUCAUGGUCAUUGAUGAAGUCUCCCCGAAGAGGACGUCGAGCUAG